GGAUUGGGGAUUAGCAUUGGCAAUGGUUGGCCCCCAACAUAAAAGGAUCUGUUAUCUCUCGACUCUCUCUCUCUCUCUUUAACCAAAACCUAUCAUCGCCAUUUCUCCAUUCCAUUUCCUGCAUGCAAAGUCCGAAGACUCAGAAUGCCUCCAAGUCUCCUGUAAGUUCAUGAUUUCUGCCAUUUUUUUCCCAUAGAAGGAAGCUUUUUUUUUUUUCCGUUCUUCUCGAGUUUAGAAUCAGUUUCUCUCUUAGUUUUUUUCAUUCUUCUCAUUUGCCAUUUUUGGGUUCUGUUUGUUACAUGGUUUGGGAGUCUAAGAAGCUUGUUUUUUGGUCAUCUGGUUCCACCCCACCCCAAAGAUAGCAUCUUUUUCAACUGGGUUUGUUUGGGUCUGUAAUCUGUAUAUAUAAGUUUAUUGAUUUGGUCUCCAUCGAUAUAAAUCACCUUCUUGGAAUUGGGUUUUUCUGAGUCUGUACAUAUAAGCUAGAUUAGGCCCCCAGAUUGAAGAAGAACAUGGCUUUUGAUUCAAAACAGAUCACUUUUAAAGUGAAAAAGGUGGUGGUUUUGUUCUCUGUCUCUCUCUAUAGAUCUGUUCGUGAUCAUCCCUUCAUUUGGGCCAUGGCUUGUGUUUUUGUUUGGAUGUAUAGAUUUUUCCCCUCUUUGUUCUUCUUCUUUGUUUCUUCCUCCCCUGUUCUUGUUUGCACUGCUGUGUUGCUUGGAGCCCUAUUGAGUUUUGGGCAGCCUCAAAUACCAGAAGUUGAAGAGGAGGAAGCGAAAAAGAACCUGCAAAUUUCUUCUCUGAAAUCUGGUGUUAGCCCUGAUAAUCUUUUUGUUCAGAGAGAGAAAGAGAGAGAGUUUGUAUCAGAAUCCUCUGACGAAAAGAGGAGAGAGAUUGUUGAGACUAUUGAAGCGGAAGUGACUGAUGAUGAGGUUGGCGAGCUGAAAUGCAAUAAAGGGGUCGAUUUUCCUCUCACCCAUGAAGAGGAAACGAGUUUCAGGAGCAUAGAAAUUGAAGGUGAUGAGAGAGAAAAUGUGGUGCAGAUGCACAGAGCUGUUAACAGUGUGGAGAGGGAGGGAGAAUUGGGUUCUAUUCAUUUGGAUGAAAGACUUCAUGACCGCAAGGUCGAUGAAUUUUCAUAUGAGAAGGGUGGCUAUGCAGAUGGUCUAGAGAGAGAUGAGAUAGAUGAUUCUCUCUCUAAACCCAGUCAAGACACAGGCCAUUUACUUGGUGGUGAUUCUCUCUGUAAACCCAAUCAUGAAACUCCCCAUUUUGAUGCUAAACCCAUUGAAAUUGAGAGAGUCUGCGAAUCUUCAGAUAAAGCUAUUGGGGAAACCCAAGAGGAGCCUGAUUCUUUGUGGAAGCAUUUCAAGGGUGAAGAUUAUUCAUCAGACUCUGAUUCUGAUUGUGCCGAGAGCUCUUCUCCUGAUGCUUCAAUGGCUGAUAUCAUGCCCAUGCUUGAUGAGCUUCACCCUCUCUUGGACUCUGCUCCUCCUCAGCCUACUCAUGGAGACGACAGUGAUGAGGAGUCUGAGUCUGAGCAAUCAUCUCAGAGCUCUGAUUCAGAAGAAGACAUGGCUGAAUCAGACAGAGAUGCUGAUAUCCAUGGAGAACAUGAAGAAGAAGAAGAAGAUGGAGACCAUGAACCUGAAAUUGCAGUGAAAUGGACAGAGGAUGAUGAGAAGAACCUCAUGGAUCUUGGGACCUCAGAAUUGGAGAGGAACCGGAGGUUGGAGAACCUGAUAGCAAAGAGGAGAGCCAAGAAGAAUCAGAGAGUCGAGGAUGAAAAGAACCUCAUAGACUUAGACUCUGAUGAGAAAAUCUCUCUCUCAGAAGAUCAAAGUGUUACGAUCAAUGAGCAAGUCCAAAGCCAAACUCCUCCUCCUCCUCCCUCUCCAUUAAAAAGAAACCCAUUUGAUCUUCCCUUUGAUGAAGAAGAGAGAGAAAGAGAACGAAAUGAAAUGGUGGCAAUGAGUCCCCUUCCAUCAGUGAGACAAAAUCCAUUUGAUCUUCCUUAUGAAUCCGUCGAGGAGACACGCAAGGGGAGUUCAAGUCGCCAAGGGUUCAUGGAUUUUGAACAUAGGGACUUGUAUCUAGAGGGAAGCCAUGGCUUGAGAAUGGAAGAGUCGUACAUGGGAGAAAUAGAACCCGAGAAGCAUGAAUCGAAUGUGGAUUCUUUAUAUGAACCUGAUCCCCAAUCCCCCAUAAGUUAUGUUGUAGAGCACGUUCAUGAGAGUGCAAAAGAGCAGAUAGCUCAUUCCCCUGUGAGUUAUGUUGUAGAGCAUGUCCAUAAGGCUGAACCCGAGGUGCUGACUUAUAAAGCCAUUCCUCAACAAGAUAGUGAUGAAGAUGAAGCAGAAGAAGAAGGGGAAGUAUCAGAGCUUCAUAACCCAAGGUAUGAUCGAAAUUUGAGCUCUUCUUUUAAUGAAACUGAAUCAGCUUCUUCCGAUGUAUUUCAUGGAGAUAACAGAGAAAUGCGUGGAGCAGUAGAAUUCAAGCAAGAACAGAGCCAUCUCAAAAUUGAUCAUGGCCAUGAGAGUGACUCCAGUUCUUCUGGUGUUACUGAAGAUUCAAUGCAUGAAACAAAUUUUGGGAGGGUGGAAGAUGAAGAAAUGGACCGUGAAAGAGAAUCAGAAUCAAGCCACUAUGGUGAUUUUGGGGGAACCCCUGAUAAUUCAAGAAGUGGGAUGUAUCCUGAUUAUAUCGGGGAGGGGACAUCUGAUAAUACAAGAACCAGAAUGUCACCUCUUUCUUCUGACGAAAUGGUAGCUAAAGAUGGUGAUUCCUCUAGCGUUUUUGGAGAAAUAGAAGAAAUGAGUUCUGGUUUAAUUGGUGGUGAGUCGCAGAGAGGGCAAGAUAGGAGAGUGGAAGAGCCUGUGUAUGAUUCAAGUCCCUCUGCCUUAGAAAAAACCAUCUCUGAUAUGGCGAGAAUUGAAGAGUGUGAUGAGCUCCUUGAUGGGAAGUUGCUCUCCAAAUCCAGUUCUUCUGUGUCAUCUGAUGCUGAGAUACCUGAACUUGGUUCUUCAAUGGAGAUCGAGAAUAAGGAAUCUAUGAGCCAGGAAGGUAUGAGCUAUGAAACCGAACAUUCUCCAUCAUUUUCAGCUGAUGUAGAAGAGCAUUCCCCUGGUGGAAAUUACUCCUCUGAAAGUGGUUCUUUUCAAGCUGUUUCUCAGCUUAAGAGAAGCAUUUCUACAAUUGAAGAAGCUGAAUCAGAAGAAGAGUGCCAGUCCAGUGACGAGAAGCCAUGGAGAUCUUCUUCCCCUGAAUCAUCUGCUGCUGAGGAAAUUCAAUCAAUAUCAAAGGCAGUUUCAGAGACUUACGGGGAUAAUGAUAAUCAAGGUGGGGUCUCAAGAUUUUCUGAGAAUAACCAGGAAAGAUAUGAAGUAAUGGAGCCUUAUUCUUCUGAACCCAUGACCCUAAAAUCACCAAGCACUUCAGAGUCCGAAGAUUCUGAAGAAGAUCACUCUCCGAAGGGUGUUCUCAAGGAAAGCCAUAAAAUUGACUCAAGCUCAGUUUUAGUUGCUGGAUUAACUGGUUUACAGGCAAUCGAGCCUGAACACAUGAGUAGCAAGGUGGACAAUGGCCAAUCUGAUAUAGAACAUGAGCUGUUGCUUCUUCAUGGGAAAGCACAGGAAAUUGAGCCCGAAUCAUCUGGUCUCAGUGUGACAGGCUUUAGGGUGCUAGAACCAAUGGAAAGUUCCUUGGUGAUAUCUGAGGUACAAUAUGAAACACUUUUGAGGACUAUCAGUUCACCUCGAAAAGAAGAAAUCCCCGAAAAAAUUCAUAGUGAUUUUGAAGAUGGUUUGGAAAAUGACACAUUGGCACUAAAAUCUAGUGAGAAGAACCCAGUUCAAGAAUCUCCUCACCCAUCUUCAGUAGUGGACCGUGACCAUGAUUCAAUCAUCAAAGAAAUAGGUGAAGAUUUAUUGUCAGAAUUAGAUGUUGUUGGGGACUUCAGGGUGGAGGUUGAUUCAAAUGGGGCAAAACCUCUCCUAGAGGCCGAAGAACCAGCUAAAAACUUGAGCCAAAAUGAAGAGGAUUUCAAGGAAGGCAAGGAUUUGGAAGCUAAAAUGGCUACUGUGAGUGAAGGGGAGCUUGAGGUGCUUGAGGCCAGUUCUGUUGAAGAUAUCAAUUCAGUUUUGAGGCCGCUCAUGGAAAAUGAGACCUUCAAAUCAUUUGCCCAAACUGGCCUUGGGUCCAAUGAUCUUGAGGUGGUUGAAAGGAAUGUGGGUUCAUUGGAGACACAAGGUGGGUCUGUUGAUUUUGGUGAGAGUAGCAAGAGUUCAGACUUGGUGGUUCUAGAGGCUAGCACUCUUGAAGAUAUUGAUUCAGUUUUGAAGCCACUCUCACAAAAAGAUACCGAGAAACUUAGUGAUAAAUCUAUCGUAAGUGAGCCAAAAUCUGAUUCAGAGUUGGUGGUUGUAGAGGCAAGAUCUCUUGCAGAUAUUGAUUCAAUUUUGAAGAAAGAGACUGAGAAACUCAGCGACAAAUCGAGUGAUAGUGAGCUGAAUCCUACUUCAGAGAUGGAGGUUUUUGAGGCCAAAUCUCGUGAGGAUAUUGAUUCAGUUUUGAAACAAUUCUCAGAGAAAGAGAGCGAUAGUGAGCAUGUGGCUGAACAUGGGUCCAGUGAAUUAGAGGUAGAGGCCAAAUCUCUUGAAGACAUUGACUCAGUUUUGAAGCAAUUCUCAGAGAAAGAGAGUGAGAAACUCGAUGAUAAAUCAACCGAUAGUGAGUCACCAUCUAGGGUUGCUGAACAUGGAUCUGGUGAACUUAAGAUCAUUGAGAGUGAGCUUGAAUCUAUGGUAGCUGAGCAUGGGUCUAGUGUGGUUGAAAGAAAUCCAGAGCCAGUGGUUCUUGAGCUUAGAUCAACUGAGGAAAUUGAUACCAAUGUCAGAGAAGUCGAGGCCCAAGAACCAGAAAAGAUGGAGAAAGAGACACCCAGUGGUUCAAGCUCCAGUGCUAUUAAAAAGAAGAAAGCUGGUUCUGACAAAUCAGAUUCUGACUCAAGCUCAAGUUCCAGCUCUACUUCGAGUGAUUGGGAUUGAGAGAUUGGCAUUUUGAUCUUCUUUUGGGUUGUUUUUCUUUUUGAAAUACAGUUGGGUGUGAUUCUUUUGUGGUCAGUUUCUUUGUAAUUCAUGGGACUUUCAGAGUGUGACAGUUUUGAGUAUGGAUAGGAGUUUUGGCGUGGGAAUUGGUCCUUGGUUGUUGAAUUGUGGCUUUUGACAAGUUGGGGUCAAGGGAUGAUUUUUUUGUUUGGUCCCCUAGUAGGAGUGAAAGAUCUAGUUGAUGCU